GAAAGAAUAUUGUGAAGAAAGAAAAAAAAAAAAAAUGCAAAAAAAAGUAGGAGCAAACUAUUUGACAAGACAAACACUGAAGGGUAUAUGUGCAGGGGUUGCGAGUAGAGAAAUGGGAAUAGGACUAUGCGUAACCAAGGCGAUGAUCAACAGGACUCCAUAUCAUAGACCUGGCGAGCAACCAAACGACAGCACCAGCCCGCGCGAUGUUCCAGCAACCUUAAGAGAGCGCACCCCGAUAUCACACCCAAAUUAUCCAAGGCCUGGUGUAUGCGAUAAUAAUCUGGCAGGACGAGGGCCAGUAAAUGUACCAAACAAGACUUUAUACAGUGUGCCUUCGAGCGAUAGGCAGCGAGGUCUUAAAAGUAUCUCAGUCGUGAUGGAUAGCCCCAGGCUUGAAAGCCAACCAGAUUGGGACCUAAACUGCUCAGGAAUUCGUAGUGUUGGACCAUUGAAGCAAGGAGCGAAAGGGGAAUUUGUCGAAGGGGCUUUGUGAGGGACACCAAGCGUAUUUACAGCUAGCAAAGUCUCCACCAACUAUCUACUGCAUUGCCAGGCUCUGGAGAUGCGAUAGAGGGAGCAUGAAAGGUGGAGCCAGGGACUGAGACGAGACGAGAGACUGUCCGACAGGAGUCGUCGUCCGAGAAACAUG